CUUUAAUGAGAUAGUGGGCAAGAAAAAAUGUCCAUGGGAUGCUGCAUGUGAGAAACGGGAAUAUGAGGAUGUGCAGCGUAUGUGUGACGAGUUUCUAAUUAAAGACACGGCGAUGUAAGCCCACGAGGGACGACUCCUUCCGUCUGGCAACCUCAAUAAAUUGGCGAGAAUCGACGACGAAUGUUUCGAGACGUUUAAUACGAGCGGCGCGCGCGCUCAGUGUCCACGAGGAGCUUUCACUGGAGUUAUCUCAAGUCUCGGAAACAUCAGAAAGGAGUCUGACCACUCAAACUUCCCACGCUUGAGUAUAAUAAAGGACGAUUCGCUUGAAAGGAUAGUUCUCUCUCUCUCUCUCUUUCCCAGCUCGUUUUGCAAACCUUGUGUGGUUAUAUAGGCACCGUGACCGGACACUCGAGACUCAAUAAAAACACCGCACGCUCAAUUGCCUCAGGCUGUGCCGAUUGAGAGAAAGAACUGCAGCCAACGACCGUCCUCAGGACCUGGGCAGUGCGGGACGUGCGCGCACUCUGUUUGCGAGAGCGAUGUGUGCGCUGCGGGCCCCGGUGAUGCUAAUGGGGCUCGUAAUGUUAAUCUGUACCUCCGCACAAAGCGAUCCCAGGGCGAACAAGGUUGAAAAAACAUUCAGACGGAUAAUGGACAUCAUGAGACAGGUGGAAAACAGAUCUGACGACGCGAGCGCGCAGAAGACUGAGCGUGCACUCGAGCCAAAGGACGCUCAUAAUCUCAAAACGGAAAGUGGGGAAACAAUUUUAGAAAUCUUUCCCAGAGACCUCAGAAAGAAAGAGAAGGUUAUAAAACACUUAACAGGUCCUCUUUAUUUCAGUCCAAAAUGCAGGAAGCAUGUCUACAGGCUUUACCAUAACACCAGAGACUGCACCAUCCCUGCAUACUACAAAAGGUGCGCGCGACUCCUGACGCGACUGGCGGGGAGUCCGAGAUGUCAAGAGGGUUAACUUUACCAGCAGGUUGAAGCCAAACCAGAGUGACCCCAAGAAGGAGGAAAAAAAACAGCAGUCAAGUGCCUUUGGACAAGAGAAGAGAAUUUAAACCAACACGCAACAUUCCACAUAAUCAGCAUAUCGCGUCCAGAACACUGCUCUGCCUCUCCGGAGGAUAGAUGUGAGAAUGCACUUGCCCAAGGACGGUGUGAUGGACUCCGCAUGGAGCCGAUGUUAAAAUACAGGACGUCAGAGAAAGCAAGCAAAAAACGCAUCUGGCGUAUUGGGCUCUGAACCUGUCUGCCAAAAAAGAAAACCAUUUUUCCAUCGUUUCAUCAUGAAAAAAGGGAUUGCCGUGGUUUUCAGUUUUUUGUUCUCAUCAGAUAACAAGACUCGUCACAGCCAGUGAUUAUUUCGUGCGACAUGCCUCGAUGGGGUUACAAUUCAGAGCUAUGACGAGAAAUUGUCCAUUAUGG